AUGGCGAAAAACAAGGCGAAGUACCCUGCGGAUAUCGUGAAGGGCUCCUCGGCUAAAUAUAACGAGUAUGAAUCCUAUACUCCGAGGAAGUGUAGGGUUGGCAGAGCCCACGAUGUGGAGACACUCGGGCAGAUGGCUGAAGAAAUGGCGGAGUUCGCUAAGGACCGCGACUGGCUCCAGUAUCACACGCCGAGGAAUCUCACGCUGGCCUUGUGUGGUGAGGUUGGGGAACUCUGCGAGUUACUCGUUGAACGGGAUGGCAGCAGCAAAUGCUCAAACAAUGACCCUGUGGCCGAGGAGAUAUCCGAUUGUUUGUUGUGA